AUGGCCGAGAAGGAAGAGUUCGAAGUCUAUCCAGAAGCUCUGAAUGAAGCUGAGGAUGAUAUCAUCAAACCCGAGACCAUCAAAGAGAGAAGCCUAAGAGUGCUUUCCCGAACGAAGAGUGCAGCGAGUUGGAAAGAUCCAGGUCCUCCUCCCGAUGGCGGAGUUGUCGCCUGGACGCAAGUCUUGGUCGGACAUUUAAUCAUUAUGAAUACCUGGGGUUUCAUCAACUCGUUUGGUGUCUUUCAAGAGUACUAUAUCGAUUUUCUUGGUCGUUCUCCCUCGGAUGUAUCGUGGAUCGGGAGUGUCCAGGUAUUUCUAGUAUUCUUUAUUGGAACAUUUACGGGUCGUCUUACCGAUGCUGGCUACUUUCGUCCAGUCUUUUUGGUCGGGACUGUACUUAGCGUGAUAGGCAUGUUUAUGGCCUCCCUAUCAACACAGUACUGGCAAUUAUUCCUCGCUCAGGGAAUCUGCUGUGGUCUCGGCAAUGGGUGUCUAUUCUGUCCAGCGCUCUCAGUUGCAUCUACAUACUUCUCAAAGAACAAGAUGUUAGCCGUCGGCAUUUGUGCGUGUGGUAGUGCUACAGGAGGCUUAAUCUUCCCCGUCAUGUUUCAACAACUAAUCACACCUCUUGGCUAUGGAUGGACCAUGAGAAUCUUUGGUUUUUUCACUACAGGCUGUUUGACGAUCUGUAACAUAUUAGCGAAACCGAGACUUCCACCUCGUAGAACAGGUCCUAUCAUUGAACUCGCUGCCUUCAGAGAAGCAUCCUACACCCUAUUUGCAAUAGGAAUGUUCUUGGUCUUUUGGGGUGUCUAUUUCGCUUUCUACUACUUGAGCUCGUUCGGGGUCGACAUCAUCAACAUACCCCAAAAAGAAUCAUUCAACAUGUUUCUCAUCCUCAACGGUGUUGGCAUUCUAGGACGCACCGUUCCCGCGUAUCUUGCAGAUCGCUAUACAGGACCCAUGAACAUUCUCCUCAUGGUCACCGUCGCCUGUAUCAUAUGUGCGUAUGCAAUGAUUGGAGUUACAUCCCGAGGAGGUCUCUAUGCAUGGGCAGUGGUAUAUGGAGUUGUUGGGAAUGCUCUUCAAAUGAUGUUUCCAGCAACAUUGAGUAGCCUGACAACGGAUUUGAAGAAAGCGGGAGUGAGAAUGGGAAUGAUUUUUACGAUCGUGAGUUUCGCAGUGCUGACAGGUCCGCCCAUCGCUGGUCUUUUAAUCACAAGAGAUAACGGUCGCUAUCUAUAUGCUCAGCUCUUCGCAGCAUCGUCUCUGCUCGUAGGAUUCUUUUUCCUCUGUGCAGCUAGAUUUGUGGUUACUGGAAAAGUCUUGCUUUACAAGAUUUAG